AUGGAAUAUUUUAAGUUUACUCGUGCCACUGGCAAGUGGAUAAGUUCGUAUGAAAUGUUGAAAAUUCAUCGGGAUGCCAUUCUUUCUAAUUUAUCGACUUUAGUUGAAGAGACAGAUCUUAAUAAAUUAGUGCCGGAUUUAUUAAAUAAAAAUGUUUUUAACGAACGAAUGAUCAACAGGAUAUUGAAUCCAUCGCACAAUGGAAAAAGACAAAAGACGGAUUUAUACACUGAAAUAUUAAAAAGGGGACCAUUGGCUUUUGCCAAUUUAAAAAAUUCUCUCAAUUCGACUGGUCACUUGAAAUUGGCUCAAAUUUUAUCAGAAACAGAAAUGAAAUUCAAACAAUCUGAAAUAGGAAAUUCAUCGAUGACAUCACCUGAUUCAUGUUUGUUAAAAGAUGGAGGUUGCAUAUCGAUCGAUAGUAGGAAAAUUAAAAACGAAGAUUUUGUUUCUCACAAAAGCACUGAGAGUAAUCCGAGUGUGUCAUCCAACAACACGAGUAAUUUAGACAUUGUUAAAGAUCUCAACGAUUUCACAUUAGAUACCUCACAUGUGUGUACUCUGUCUCAAUAUCCAGAAUACAUGAAAGAUUUAGAAGAAGUUUUCGAAGGAAGCGAAUUUCCUUUUACUCACAACGUCAUAGCUUGGCCUAGCGAAAGAUUUCUUCCAGUUAAAGUAAAAUAUGCAUCGAAUUUUAAAGAACUCAAAGAUAUAGGUCCGCCAACGUAUAAAAUGGAUUCAAAUCCUCGAGGUUUCGCACUUAUAGUUAACAAUAUUGAUUUUGACGAUUCGGAAGAAUACAAGACUAGGUACGGCGCUGAUAACGAUGAAUAUAGGCUUAAAUUAUUAUUAGAACAAUUAUUUUACGUUGUAGAAGUGCAUAGGAAUAAAACUAAAAAGGAAAUGUUAGAAAUAACGAAUAGAUUUUCACAGAGGGACGAAUUAAACGAAUGCGAUUCUGUCGUUGUCACCUUCAUGAGUCACGGUGAAGAGGGUGACACGGAAGACAAUAGUAAAAUUGUAGGAAUCGAUGGUUUGACGGUUGCCAUCAAUGACAUCGUCGGGUAUUUUUACAACGAUGCUUGCAAAGCUUUGAUACACAAACCGAAAAUGUUUUUCUUUCAAGCGUGCAGGGGUAUUUUGGAGGAUACCGGAGUCGUUUUGGAAAAUUACAUUCCGACGAAUAGAAUCGAAAAAGACAGUAGAGAAGUACGAGAUCCACCGAGGAAAACUAAAAUAAGAUCCCAAUCUGAUAUAUUCAUUGCUUGUCCCGUUCCCCCGGGACGAAAAGCAAACAGGGAUAGAGUUACCGGAACUUGGUUCAUACAAACAAUAAUAGAUGUUUUUUCCGAACACUCGUGGAACACGCAUUUGGAAGACAUGAUGAAAAUGGUAAAUAAUUAA